CCUCCGUCGUAUCUAUCCAAGUGGAGAAGAAGAAGAAGAAGACUAGAUGUCGCAGCUCUUAUCUUCUCCUCCAAUGGCGGUCAACUCCAAAAUAUUCUUAACCCACCGCCCAGAAGCUCGUGUUCUCACCGCCGGUGGUUUUGUCGGAAAAGGGCAUUGCUUCGCCGUGAAAGUGAAACCGAUGGAGGAGAGGGUGAAGCUAACGGUGAAGUCUCGGUAUAGCGACUCAUCUUCACCACCUUACUCUCCUCCGCAAAACGGGGAAGGAGGAUCUUCGCCGCGGUUUUAUGUGGGUCAUUCUAUUUACAAAGGGAAAGCUGCUCUUACUAUUGAGCCUCGUGCCCCCGAGUUUGUGUCUUUACAAUCUGGUGCAUUCAAGCUUUCUAAGGAAGGGUUCUUGCUCCUCCAGUUUGCUCCUGCAGCUGGUGUUCGUCAGUACGAUUGGAGCAGGAAACAGGUGUUCUCAUUGUCGGUUACAGAGAUUGGUAAUUUAGUUAGCCUUGGGCCGAGGGAAUCAUGUGAAUUCUUUCAUGAUCCUAACAAGGGAAAAGGUAGUGAUGAAGGUAAAGUGAGGAAAGUGCUGAAAGUUGAACCCCUUCCAGACGGUUCUGGCCGCUUCUUUAACCUGAGUGUUCAAAACAAGCUUUUGAAUGUAGAUGAGAGUGUGUACAUACCUAUCACUAAAGCAGAGUUUGCUGUUCUUAUCUCUGCUUUCAACUUCAUCUUGCCGCACCUUAUAGGCUGGCAAGCAUUUGCAAACUCCAUCAAACCAGAAGACUCUAAUCGUCUUAACAAUGCGUCACCUAAGUAUGGAGGAGACUACGAAUGGAGUAGAUGAUUGAGAACUACAGACAACCUUGCAAACUCGGUUCUUGUGUCCAUCCCAUUGUUUUGUUAUCGCAAUCAACGAGUAGCAGUAGGGACUGAAGUAGUGUUUAGACCAAAUGGGAUGUGUUGUUGCGUAGGAAAAAAACUCAUGUUAUGUAUUAUACAAUUUUUUGUCAAGACUCGAGAGCAAACGGUUGGAAUUUUGGUAUUACAGGAAUCAAUUUGCUCUUCCU